ACUGAUGGACGUCCUGAGGAAACUGAGGACCACCGCUCGGGCCGCCGCCCCCCUCCUGAGCGGGGCUCAGCCCAGGGCCAGGGCCACCGGCACCGGCACCGGCACCGGGGAGCUGCUCGCGGCCGCCAGCAGGAGCAGCGCCGCCGCCUCCGCCAGGCAGGUUCACACCAGGAAAAGAGGCUAUGAUAUGACCAGAAACCCGCACUUGAACAAGGGAAUGGCAUUUACUCUUGAGGAACGUCUGCAGCUUGGAAUUCAUGGGCUGCUCCCACCCUGUUUUUUAACCCAAGAUGUUCAGGUUCUUCGUGUCCUCAAAAGCUACGAGACCAAAACCAGUGAUCUUGACAAGUACAUUAUCCUAAUGACUCUCCAGGAUCGAAACGAGAAGCUUUUCUACAGAGUACUGACUUCUGACAUUGAGAGAUUUAUGCCAAUUGUUUACACUCCGACUGUGGGCCUGGCAUGCCAGCAGUACGGUCUGGCCUUUAGGAGACCCCGAGGACUGUUCAUCACCAUUCAUGACAGAGGCCACAUUGCUUCAAUGCUGGACUCUUGGACAGAGGAGGAUAUAAAGGCAAUUGUUGUAACUGAUGGUGAGCGGAUCCUUGGCCUUGGAGAUCUUGGAAGCUAUGGUAUGGGAAUUCCAGUAGGAAAACUUGCUCUCUACACUGCCUGUGGUGGGGUGAACCCACAACAGUGCCUCCCUGUACUUCUGGAUGUUGGUACAGACAAUGAGAAUCUCCUCAAUGAUCCACUUUAUAUUGGAUUGAAACAUAAGAGAAUUCGUGGGAAGGAGUAUGACGAAUUGCUUGACGAGUUCAUGGAAGCAGUUACAAACAGGUACGGAAUAAACUGCUUGAUUCAGUUUGAGGAUUUUGCAAACACCAAUGCCUUCCGCCUCCUCAACAAAUAUCGCAACAAGUACUGCACUUUCAAUGACGACAUCCAAGGCACCGCGUCUGUAGCAGUAGCUGGUCUAUUGGCUGGCCUGAGAAUCACCAAGAACAGGCUCUCCGAUCACACGUUUGUUUUCCAAGGAGCUGGGGAGGCUGCAAUGGGAAUCGCAAACCUCAUCGUUAUGGCAAUGGGGAAAGAGGGAACAUCGCAGAAAGAAGCUCUUAAAAAGAUUUGGAUGGUGGAUUCAAAGGGACUCAUUGUCAAGGGAAGAAGCCACCUGAACCAUGAAAAGGAAAUGUUUGCUCAGGACCAUCCACCAAUAAAACACCUGGAAGAAGUUGUUCGCACAGUUAAACCAACAGCUAUAAUAGGGGUGGCAGCAGUAGGAGGAGCAUUUACUGAGCAGAUAAUAAAGGACAUGGCUUCCUUUAAUAAACACCCAAUUAUAUUUGCUUUGAGUAAUCCUACCAGCAAGUCUGAAUGUACAGCAGAACAGUGUUAUCGCAUGACAGAAGGCCGUGGUAUAUUUGCCAGUGGGAGUCCUUUUGAUCCUGUGACACUUCCUGAUGGCCGGAGAUUUGUUCCAGGACAGGGUAACAAUGCCUAUGUUUUCCCUGGAGUUGCGCUUGGCAUCAUCACAUGUGGAGUGAGGCACGUAACCGAUGACAUCUUCUUGACUUCAGCUGAGAUCAUUGCUGAACAAGUGACGGAGGAGAAUCUUGCAGAAGGCCGUUUAUACCCACCCCUGAGUAGUAUAAGAGAUGUAUCGUUCAAAAUCGCUAUGAAGAUUGUGGAUAACGCCUAUAAGAAUGGUAAUGCAGCUUGGUACCCUGAACCUGAGGACAAGGAAGCAUUUGUUAAGAAACAUAUCUACAGUCUUGAUUAUGAGUCUUUUAUGUUGAAUAAUUACGAAUGGCCCAGAGAGGCUAUGGAAAUCCAGAAAGUAUAAUUUACUUUUCCACUCAAUUGUUAUUUUAGUUGGGUAACCCCAAAUCAGAAAAUCGCCCAUCACUGCCUUUAGAAAUCGACAAAUGCAUUUAUAUGAAAAAAGGGAAUUAUAUUUGUGGUGAAAAAGCAAAUUGCAUUAAUUUAUGGAUUCAAAAAGCAAAUUUGUUUCAAUGAUGAAUGCUGAUCAGUAAUUCUGUGCAAAUGUAUUGCCUUUUUGAGAUGGUUUACCAAUGAAAAGUGUAUUUUCAUAUUACAUUUGCAUUACAAUAAUUAUUUAGGUUUUUUCUUAUGUAUGCUUAUUUUCACCAAAUCUUGCCUACUUUUUAAAUAGCUCUAAUAGAUUGAUUGUUUGCACUCCAUCAAUAUUAUGGCAGUGUUCAAAGGCUAUUAUUGUGCAAUUGUUUGGAGGCCUGACAUGUCUGUAAGGCAAGAAAAGUAGUCUGUCAAUAUGACUCCCAGUUUCUGUAGAAAUCUAAAAAUAUGUAGAAAUUGAAGCAGUGGAUUAUAGCAUGGGUUAGCACAUUGUCCUUCACCUCCGGGAUGUGAGGUGAAUCUAUACCAAAAGGUGGAGGUGACUUGCACUAUGUUUUGAGUAGUUCUGCUUUAUUUGAGGAUCUAAUUGUUGGUGUGUUUUAUUUUCAUACUGAAUGUUUAAAAAAGAAGUUAGCCAGGAAUCUUGUAUGAGAACUUGCUUUGUUUGAGAACGUAAUGCAUAAAUAAAUUAUGGUCGGUAUGAA